AUGAAUCUGGCAGGAACUACUCGGAACACUAUUCGGGCCAACAGUAUUCCCGGGGAUGAAGGUCCUUCGGAGAGGUAUGGUAUCGCUGUGAAAGGCAAGGGAAGAUAUGGUAUCGGUCUGAAAGGCAAGGGAAGAUAUGGUGUUGGUCUGAAAGGCAAGGGAGAAUAUGGUGUCGGUCUGAAAGGCAAGGGAAGAUAUGGUGUUGGUCUGAAAGGCAAGGGAGGAUAUGGUGUCGGUCUGAACGGCAAGGGAAGAUAUGGUGUUGGUCUGAAAGGCAAGGGAGAAUAUAGUGUCGGUCUGAAAGGCAAGGGAAGAUAUGGGGUUGGUCUGAAAGGCAAGGGAGGAUAUGGUGUCGGUCUGAAAGGCAAGGGAAGGUAUGGUGUCGGUCUGAAAGGCAAGGGAAGAUAUGGUAUCGGUCUGAAAGGCAAGGGAAGAUAUGGUGUCGGUCUGAAAGGCAAUGGAAGAUAUGGUACCGAUGUGAGAGGCAAGAGUGUUGAAUCAGAUUGA